AUGUGUGGACGUACUGCAUUAUCACUUGACAAAGAACUAAUUCGAUGUGCAUGUAGCUAUAAAAUUAGACAUGGUCAUGGCGAUUCUUAUGUUAAACCAGAAUGGCUACACGAACAUAAUGAUGGCAAAGAAUAUGUACCCUCUUACAAUAUUGCACCCACAGAUGUCUCACCUGUUUUGAUUUCAUCUAGUAAAUAUAGAACCACACAAAGCGAUAGCAUUCGCAUUAUAAAACCAAUGAUGUGGGGAAUAAUCCCUCCCUGGCAUAAGGGUGAUUAUCACAAACACAAUCUAAGUACGAAUAAUUGUAGAUUAGAAAAUAUAAGGCAAUCGAAACUAUAUAACCCAAUUUUGUUGAAUGGGGGUAGAUGUAUAAUUGUAGUAGAAGGCUACUAUGAAUGGCAAACUACUAUUAAAACUAAGGUGAAACAACCAUACUACAUUUAUGCCUCACAAGAGGAACAUAUCAAGUCAAAGCACAAGCAUGUGCCGGCAAUUUGCUCAGUACUAGAUGAUGCAAUACAGGACAUGUCAGGUGUGGCGGGGGAGCGAGGGGCAAGGUCCGGCACUAAUCCCGCGCGCUUUACGAUUGAUGAGCCUGACACAUUUCAGAAUAGUUAUAAUGAUGGAGAUGGAUGGAAUGGUUUAAAGCUUUUGUACAUAGCUGGACUGUAUAAUACAUGGCAAAAUGAUGAUAUUAUUCUUUAUUCAUAUUCCAUUAUUACCAUGGACUCUAACAAUACACUGGACUGGCUACACCAUAGAAUGCCCGCUAUUUUGGACACAGAAGUGCAAAUUGAGGCAUGGCUUGACAUUGAUAAUGUUAAUGCUGAUAUGGCACUUUCAUAUCUCAAGCCUUCCAAAUUACUGUCAUGGCAUCAAGUUUCAACAGCAGUUAACAAUUCACGCUACAAAUCAGAUGACUGUAUUAAGAGAAUAUCAAAAGAAAAAUGUUCACAAAAAUCCAUAACUACAUGGUUUACGAAAACUGAAAAAAGAAAAAUUAACGAUGAGGAAUACACUAAGAGUAAAAAAUUUAAAUAA